UCAAAGCUGAUUUCAAGACAUGGAAGUGCUUCUGUUUUUCAUCAAACAUUUACUUGCAGAUGAAACUUGAUGUCAAUAUGGGAUCAAACAUCCCAUAAAUGUUUUACUAACUUGACUUCUGCCAGUAUGUCAACACAGCAUAGAUGAAUUUCCCUUCAAGGAGAGAAAACUGGGAACUGGUGUGGUGUAAUGAUGUAGCUGCUGGAUGUGACUUACAUGUGGCUUAUGAUUUAAAACAGGUUGACCAAAAUCAGCAUGGAAGGGAGGUCAUCCGUUUUGAUCUGGAUAUAUAAUAACACUACAGAAGAACUGAACACUUCAUUCAGAAACAGCACUACAAGUGAAAUCUCUGAAAAGUACCAGUUUUACAUUAUCGGCCUCUUUCUCUCCUGCCUGUACACUAUCCUUCUUUUUCCUAUUGGAUUUAUCGGGAACAUCCUAAUCUUGGUGGUAAACCUGACCCACAGAGAGAAGAUGACCAUUCCUGAUCUCUACUUUGUGAAUUUGGCUGUGGCCGACCUCAUCCUCGUGGCAGAUUCACUCAUUGAGGUUUUCAACCUGAAUGAAAGGUACUACGACUACGCCAUCCUCUGCACCUUCAUGUCCCUCUUCCUGCAGAUCAACAUGCAUAGCAGCAUCUUCUUCCUGACGUGGAUGAGCUUCGACAGAUACAUCGCCUUGGCCAGCUCCAUGAGCAGCUGCCCGUUAAGGACUAUGCAGCAUGCCAAGCUGAGCUGUGGCCUCAUCUGGAUGGCCUCCAUCCUGGCCACCCUCCUACCCUUCACUAUAGUACAGACCCAACACAGGGGUGAGGUGCACUUCUGCUUCGCUAACGUCGUUGAAAUUCAGUGGUUGGAGGUGACCAUCGGUUUUUUGGUCCCCUUCUCCAUCAUUGGUAUAUGUUACUCCCUGAUUGUUCGAAUCCUCAUGAGGGCCCAGAAGCACCGUGGGUUGUGGCCCAGGCGUCAGAAAGCCCUCCGCAUGAUUGUGGUGGUGGUUCUGGUGUUCUUCAUCUGCUGGCUGCCGGAAAAUGUUUUCAUAAGCAUCCAGCUGCUCCAGGGCACAACCAACCCAUCAAAGAAGACUGCUACCACCCUAUGGCAUGACUACCCGCUCACAGGGCACAUUGUUAACCUGGCAGCAUUCUCCAACAGCUGUCUUAACCCCAUCAUCUACAGCUUUCUGGGGGAAACUUUCAGGGACAAGCUGCGUCUCUUUGUCAAGCAGAAAGCCGGCUGGUCAGUAGUGAAUCGCUUCUGCCACCAUGGCAUUGAUUUACACCUCCCGGUCAGGGGCAAAGUUUCAGAGGUGUGACUGCAAUAAGUAGAACAGCUUUUAGAAAACUUACCCCAUAAAGUUUUUCAUGUUCAAGUUAGAUAUUAAUUUGUUUUUAGGGUCAUUCAGCUUCGUUCGAUUGCGCCUCCGAUUAUUUGCUCGUUUUAUGAACAAAAAAACCCCUCAAAUAGGUAUAAAAAGACAAGUUUAUUUGUGUGUUCUUGAGAAGAUAGGUUGUGAGAAUAUUUAAGUAUUUCUUUUCUUGGCUAAAAGGAUCACCUGUAAGAAAUCAAAUGCUCCUUUAAAGCCAAAGCCAUCUCAUAGAGGAAGUGCUCCAUCACACUGAAUCUAAUCAGGUUAUCUAUUUCAGCUACUGGAGCUAAAAGGGUCAUUUCAAUUACAAAAAUCACAUAACCUUUCCAAAAAGAAAAGUAAAAAUGGCCUUUAUCAAGAAGCUCACAAGGGUGCACCAUCCAUAUUAUUCAUGAAUAAUGAGUACAUGGCUUUGCAAAUGCAGAACAGUCAAGGACACAGCAAAUAGUCUGUAUUUUCUAUGCAUCUGUAUAACACAAUGCUCUAACUCUGCUUUG